AUGCGGACGACCUCGAACAUUCUCGUCAUAGCUUUCAACUAUGCAUGCGAGAUUAUGACUACCUAUCCCGGCCGGACCGUUAGCGGCUUGACGGCUGCUUUAUUCGUUUAUCGUAUCUUUCUCUACCCAACGUUUUUGUCUCCUCUCAGGAAUGUACCUGGUCCUGGCCUCCAGAAUCCUGUUCUGGGCCAAUACCUUACCGUCAUCCAAGAAGAAGUCUGCAUCCCAAUGCGCGAGUGGACCAAGGUGCAUGGACGUACUGUUCGCUAUUUUGGACUCUUUGGAAAGGAGAGAAUACUUUUCAUAUCUCCGGAAGCGCUCCACCAGAUGUUUGUUCAAGAAUGGCUUUCUUAUCCUCGGCCUGCCUUCUUACGAAACAUACUGGGACUCGUUGCUGGUUAUGGCUUGUUAACUGUCACUGGCGACGAGCACAAGCAACUGCGUAAAGCGAUGAAUCCGGCAUUCUCUCUUUCUAAUUUGAUGGCUCAAACGGAGAUGUACUAUGAUCACAUUGAAAGCUUGGUCGAGAUUCUCAAAGAGCAGCUCAGGAACGCAUCAGGGGAACAUAUUGUGCCGAUUUAUCCCUGGGCAGGCAAACUGACUCUCGACAUUAUCUGUGACACAGCAUUCGGUUACAAGACACGCAGUUUGCAUGACACAGACAACGAACUUGCUACUGCAUACCAUCAGCUGGUCAGCCUCCAAUCACUUCGCAACAUCGCACAGCUUGCGGCUUUCAUGAGCCUUCCAGGUUUUGCGAAAUUCACAACGUCAGAGUGGGGUUAUAGAAACCGGCGCAUUUUGCGCUUCUUACCUUCUGGAGGCAGUCUAGAACUGCUCGUCGACUGCAUGCACCGGAUUCGCGGUAUUUCUGCGCAGAUGUUGCGAGAAAAAAUCGUUGACUUGUCGGUGUCCCCGCACGAUAUCGGCACCAAGAAGGACAUCAUGUCUCUUUUGGUUCAGGCCCGCCAGGCUGAGCUCGAACUCAACCCAACCACGACAGACGUUAUAUCGGACAAAGCCAUGAUCGACCAGAUCCUGACAUUCCUCAGUGCGGGUCAUGAAACUACAGCCAGCGGAAUCUCAUGGACUCUGUGGCUCCUCGCAAAAGACCCCGAAAGCCAGCACAGAUUGCGAGAAGAGAUUGCCCCAGUAUAUGCUGCCAACCCACGGCCGGACUACCGCACAUUGAAAAGCCUGAGCUGGUUAGAUUGUGUUAUAAAUGAGAGUCUGCGCGUCUUGCCGCCGGUGCCACUGACUAUUCGAGAGGCCGGUAAAACGGCCUAUGUUGAUGGUGUGCUAGUCCCUAAAGGGACUAUAAUCACUUGUCCCAUUCGGGUUGUCAACACCUGGAAACACGUAUGGGGCGAAGACGCGGAAGAUUUCCGGCCAUCUCGGUGGUUGGAGCCCAUGUCCAAAGACUACAAUCCAACAUACUCUCACUUCCCGUUUAUCGCAGGUCCUCACGCGUGCAUUGGGAAGACAAUGGCGGUCAGCGAAAUGAAGGCCGUGAUUUUCGCUCUGAUUGCCAACUUCGAAUUCGAGCCAGCCUAUGAAGGACAGAUAGCACGCUCGGCUGCGGCGAUUACCAUGAAACCUGAGGACGGUAUGCCUCUGCGUGUAACGGCUAUCUGCCGCAGGGAAUCGGAGUAA